AACUUUGAAUAAUUUGAACAUAAACCCUCAUCAAACUCUUCAUCAAACUACGCAUAUCCAACAUUAUAUCCCAUCCUCUCCGUUCGAACACAGCCAUCAUGUCUUCCGCACGCUUCAUUACCCUCGCCAAGUCCCGUGUGGCAACCUCGGUCCCGAGCUCCAUUGCUAUUCGAUCCAUUUCCUCAACUUCUCGGCUGCAGAAGAGCGCCGUUGAUUCGGCCAAGGAUACUCUCAAGAAGACUGAUCGGAUGGUCUCCGAUGCCGCCGUCGGUGGUAUCAACAAGGGUGAGGAGGUUGCUGGCAAGAUGAAGGAGGCCGUCGGUGGCGCGAAGCAAGAGGCCAAGAUCAAGGCCGGAGACGCCAAGGGCAAUGCUUCCGAGUAUGAAGGCAAGAUCAAGGGCGCAGCAGAGGAGGCCAAGGGCUCAGCAGAGGAGGUUGCUGGCAAGGCCAAGGGAAAGGCACAUGAGGCAGCUGGCAAGGCCAAGGAGCACCUCAGCUGAGUGUUGUGCGAAUAAUCAAGUUAUGU